AAUAGAGCCAGGCUCCGCCACUAUUCUGUAGACAAGGACGGUGAGCCGGGGCUUGCAGUCUGCUGAUCGCUGUACCGGAGGAUCGGAUCUUCUCCAUACACACAUGGAGACAUCGGCCUGAUCUGGAUUAUAGUGUACAUCGUACAGCGGGCUGUGUGUGGAUUGUAUCGGGGGAGAAUUACUGGAUCUCAGGAGAUAUCAUGGAGAUGUCCUGCCCGGGGCUCAGAUCGGUCCUCCUGACUGUGAUCAUCGUCUCCGGUUUGGGAAGUGGGUCCAAUGUGCUAUUAACAGACAGGUCACAGCACAGGUCCUUGGAGAAAACUGCAUGGAGAUCCUACAAAGAAUCACAAUGUCACCACAUGCUAAAACAUCUUCACAAUGGAGCUCGAGUCACUGUGCAGAUGCCUCCGAUGAUCGAGGGACAGUGGGUCUCAACAGGAUGUGAACUUCGAUCAGGACCGGAAUUCAUCACAAGAUCCUACAGGUUUUAUAAUAAUAAUACAUUUAAAGCUUAUCAGUUCUAUUAUGGAGGAAACCAUUGUACAAAUCCCACAUACACCUUGGUCAUUCGUGGAAAGAUCCGUCUCCGGCAAGCAUCUUGGAUCAUCCGUGGUGGGACAGAGGCUGAUUAUCAGUUGCAUAGCGUACAAGUGAUACCCCACAGUGAAAGCAUGGCUGAAAAACUCACCUGGAUGGUAAACACUACUUGUCCUGGUAUUAUACCCUCUGACAUGACCUGGAAAAUAGAUGGCACUUACGAUUUGUGGAAGGAAGACAACAGUUGUAGAUGUUUAGAGGCUCUUAACUUUGCAAUGCAUGAACUUCAACUCAUCCGUGUGGAAAAGCAGUAUUUACAUCACAACUUGGAUCAUUUAGUAGAAGAAUUGUUCUUAGGGGAUGUUCAUACUGACACCUCCCAGAGAAUGUAUUAUAGACCAUCCAGUUACCAACCUGCUCUACAGAAUGCCAAGAACCAUGAUCAAUCAUGCAUGGCCUGCAGAGUCAUCCUCCGAUCUGAUGAACACCACCCUCCAAUCUUACCUCCCAAAGCUGACCUAACUAUUGGAUUGAAUGGAGAAUGGGUGAGCCAGCGCUGUGAGGUCCGACCAGAAGUACUCUUCCUCACCAGACACUUUAUCUUCCAUGAUAAAAACAAUACCUGGGAAGGAUAUUACUACCACUACUCAGAUCCUAUCUGCAAGCAUCCUUCUUUUACCAUCUAUGCCAAGGGGCGCUACAGCAGAGGAGUGACAUCAACCAAGGUCAUGGGAGGAACAGAAUUUGUCUUCAAAGUAAAUCAUAUGAAGGUGACGCCAAUGGACUAUGCCACAGCUUCUCUACUCAACGUUUUCAAUGGUAACGAGUGUGGAGCAGAUGGUUCCUGGAAAGUAGGUGUGGAGCAAGAUGUUACUCACACAAAUGGUUGUGAGGCUUUGGGAAUAAGGCUUCCACACACUGAAUACGAGCUAUUUAGGAUGGAGCAAGAUUCCAGAGGAAGGUAUUUACUUUUCAAUGGCCAAAGACCAAGUGAUGGCUCUAGUCCAGAUAGAUCUGAAAAAAGAGCAACAUCCUAUCAAGUGCCACUGGUUCAGUGUGCCUCUUCACCACUUAGACUGGAAGAGACAGUUGAUGGAGUCCACAGACUCAAAUCGGGAACUCACCUACUUGCAUCAUCCACAUUCAUUUUUUUUCCUUUACCAUAUUUGUGUUUAUUUGUACUACUUUAUUUUUGGACCAGCUGAAAUAACUUAAGAAGAAGUACCCUUUGUAUUUUAAUUUAAUGGGACCAAGGACCUCUUAUUUCAUUGAAGAAAUUAUACUUGAUGCACUUGGUAGGAUGCCCAAGAAAUGGCGCCCUGGCUAUCAUACCUUACCCUAUCUACUUCUGAAUCUCCAACUGACAUUUGCCCUUAACCUAACCUGACCUUGCCUUAUUUGGUUGCACAACAGUAAUUGCACUUUAUGUCAGCUGAUAAUUUUCUGUUAAUAUAUUGAUGAGAAAAUAAGUAGAUUACAGCCACUGAUGUACACAUCUAGUCUGUGCCAUAUUGCUGUUGUGACAUAACUAUGCUCCAUAAUGCUUACAAAAUUCCUAACAGUGUUGACAAAUCGGGAUGGAUUUUGUACAGUUUUGUGCCUCUAAGCUAAAGACUGAUCUUUUUUUAUGAACUGGCUCCAUUGUUGUCUAAGGCGGUAUCUGCCAUAUAGUCCCUUCAUCGUCAAAUGGGUCGGAAUAUUUGCUGUAUAUAUCUUUAUAAUGUACAUAUAUGUAUAUGAAAGAUGCAUUGAUUUAUAUUGACGUAUUACACAUUUUACACCAAAGAAUAAAGAGUUGAGAAUUUGUGGGUAAA